GCUUUUGCUCGGAAGCUUCUGAACACUUUCUCCCGCUUGCAGUGGAAAUUCCAAAAGCCUAUCCAACUGACCGAGUCUGAACACACGACACAGUAGACUAUGACCAUUUGGUAGACAAUCUUCAUCUUCAUUCCUCUCUUGCACUUUUUCUCUUAAAAGUUACAACCCAAUAUCAUUCAUUCAGAAAUGGAAUCUGAUCAAUCACCUCAGAUCAAGGGCGUUGUUAUAAUCUCCCUUCCACCCCCAGAUAACCCUUCUUUGGGCAAAACCAUCACUGCUUUCACUUUCUCUAACCCUUCUCCUCAACCUUCUCCACAGCAACACCAAAGUAACCAAACACACACAAUUACUCACAACACUGACCCUCCACUUCAGUCCUACCCAUCAAAUCCUGACCUUACUUUUUCAUUCACAAGACUCUUCCACAGCACCCCAGUGAAGCUUUUUUCGUUUUUUGGUGUUCUUCUCUUUGCCCUUUUUCUCUACGGUUCUGUUUCUUCGACCACCACUCAGGAACUGCGUGGACCCAAGAAAGAUGAUGGCACGCCGAGUUCCUUUUUGUUCCCUUUGUUUCCCAAAUUUGGUGUUUUGGGGCAGAAGGAUGUGAAGCUUCAACUGCGGAAGGUUGUUCAAAAAGAGAAGCUUUUCACCCGAAAAAACGAUGUCGUUGGUUCUGGGGCUGUGGCCGUUGACUCAUCUUCAGUUUUUCCAGUCAGUGGCAACGUGUAUCCAGACGGGUUGUAUUUCACUAUUUUGCGCGUUGGAAAUCCUCCAAAAAGUUACUUCCUUGACGUGGAUACAGGGAGUGACUUAACUUGGAUGCAAUGUGAUGCUCCAUGCAGAAGUUGUGGGAAGGGAGCACAUGUCCUGUACAAGCCAACAAGAUCCAAUGUAGUAUCAUCUGUGGACGCCCUUUGCAUGGAUGUUCAGAAAAAUCAGAAGAAUGGACAUCAAGGAAUAUUGCAACAGUGUGACUAUGAAAUUCAAUAUGCAGAUCAUAGUUCUUCCUUGGGGGUUCUUAUAAGAGACGAGCUUCAUCUUGUAACUACUAAUGGAUCCAAAACCAAGCUAAAUUUUGUUUUUGGGUGUGGAUAUGAUCAAGAAGGCUUGCUUUUGAACACAUUGGCUAAGACAGAUGGAAUCAUGGGACUGAGCAGGGCACAAGUCAGCCUACCCUACCAGUUAGCAAGCAAAGGGCUUAUUAAGAAUGUGGUUGGUCAUUGCCUAAGCAAUGAUGAUGUUGGUGGUGGAUACAUGUUCUUGGGUGAUGAUUUUGUGCCAUAUUGGGGCAUGACUUGGGUACCCAUGGCCUAUACCCAUACUUCGGAUUUAUACCAAACUGAGAUUCUUGGAAUAAAUUAUGGUAAUCGCCCACUCAGAUUUGAUGGCCAAAGCAAAGUUGGAAAGGUGAUUUUUGAUAGUGGCAGCUCUUACACAUAUUUCACAAAAGAGGCAUAUUUGGAUCUUGUUGCUUCUCUUAAUGAAGUUUCUGGGUUGGGACUCGUUCAAGAUGAUUCAGAUACUACUUUACCCAUUUGUUGGCAAGCUAAUUUCCCAAUCAAAUCUGUCAAAGAUGUAAAGGAUUACUUCAAGACCUUAACUCUUCGGUUUGGAAGCAAGUGGUGGAUUUUGUCCACAUUGUUUCAGAUACCUCCAGAGGGUUACUUGAUCAUCAGUAACAAAGGCCAUGUGUGCUUGGGUAUCCUUGACGGUAGUAAUGUAAAUGAUGGAUCCUCAAUUAUACUUGGAGACAUUUCAUUGAGAGGAUAUUCGGUUGUUUAUGAUAAUGCGAAGCAGAAAAUUGGUUGGAAGCGAGCAGAUUGUGACAUGCCAAGCAGAAGAUUGAGAAAGAAAAAUAAUUUCAUCCCUGACAGCAUGCUAUAAUUCACUCCCAAAGAGUUCAUUAGAUUUUAUUUAUACAUAGUAUUACUUUGACCCUUUUUCAUGAUAAAAUCCUAUAUGCCAUGCACGAGUAUAAAAAUGUACAGUUACAGCCCAAAAGAUUGGAACUCAUAAUAACGACUAUAGAUAACAAAGAUAAUUUUAUGCAUCAGUAACUACUAUUGA